CCAGAGUUGGUGCGAGAAUACGCCACAAUCUUCUUUUUGACUGCGGUGGCGAGACUAGCCUCUGAAAAAAGCAGACAGCUACGACAAAUGCUCACUCUCUUCUUGGCGAAUCUGGUGCGGAAACGUGUAGAUGGAACGACAAAACGGCAGUUGCUCGAUUUGAUGCUGCACUAUCCUAAGAAAGUGCCGAAAAUCGUACCUGCAAUGGCAGAAGUCUUGGGUCUGUUUGCAGUCGACGUAGGAACUGCGGGAUUGGCCCUGCGAAAUAUGGCCACGUUUUUGGAUGCGACACCCUCUAUGGCCGUGUCAGCCUUGUCGUCAUCCUCGUCCUCUUCAUCGUCAACUGCAGCCUACUUCACUUCAAAAGUCCAGUACAGUGUGUGUCUCGGCUUCCA